AUGAAUCAGCUAUCAAUGAAUCAAAUAACUGGAGGAAGAAGCAGCGCAAGAGGCGAAGAUGAAGAUGAAGAUGAAGAUGAAGAAAGAGACAAUGGAGUCGAGCCUACUGUUGAGGUAGGCACUCGCAGGCCUAGAGGACGGCCUCCCGGAUCCAAGAACAAACUCAAAUCACCUAUAUAUGUCACCCAGGAUAGCCCAAACGCCCUUCGCAGCCAUGUAAUUGAGGUUGCUGGAGGCGCUGAUGUUGCGGAAAGCAUAGCCCAGUUUGCACGAAGGCAUCAACGUGGGGUAUGUGUGCUAAGCGGUAGUGGAUCAGUAGCCAACGUGACCAUAAGACAGCCGGCUGCACUUAGUGCUGCCAUGGUACUUCAAGGCAGGUUUGAAAUUUUGUCCAUAAAUGGGGCUUUCUUGCCCGGUCCAGCCCCUCCAGGCUCGACUGGACUUGCUGUGUACUUAGCUGGUGAUCAGGGACAGGUGUUGGGUGGAAGUGUUAUAGGGCCACUUGUUGCAGCAGGGCCUGUUAUGGUCAUUGCUGCCACUUUUUCUAAUGCAACGUAUGAAAGAUUGCCCCUCGAAGAAGAAGAAGAUGACGCCGAUGGAUCCAACCAGGCUCAGGUACUUGGAAAUUCACCUGGAAUUGGAACCAGUGGAGGGCAACAGCAGCAUGGGAUGUCUGAUCCUUCAUCACUGCCAAUUUACAAUUUAACGCCGAAUUUGUUACCAUAUGGUGGCCAGUUGACUCAUGAUGCCUAUGGUUGGCCGGCACCACCGCGGCCUCCCUAUUGA